GCCCAGCGUGGACCUGCUGGAAGCCUUCACCGAGCACUGGAAGGGCAUCACUGGCUACUACCUGGAGGCCACGGACGAGAGCAUCCCUGCCAGACAGACGGACAUCCCCUGGCGCCUCAAGCAGAUGCUGGACAUCCUGGUGUACGAGGAGAAGCAGCAGCCGGCGGGGGAGGCCGGACCGUGCCUCGAGUACCUGCUGCAGCACAAGGUCCUGGAGACCCUCGGCACGCUGGGCAAGGCGGAGUACCCCCCCGGGAUGAGGCAGCAGGUCCUCCUCUUCUUCAGCCGGGUGCUGGGGCAGGUGCAGCACCCGCUCCUCCACUACCUCAACGUGCACAGGCCGGUGCAGAAGCUGCUCCAGCUCAGCGGCGACCGCCUGGGCUCCGGCACGGAGAAGGAGGAGGUGCAGUUCGCAGCCGUCCUCUGCACGAAGAUCAAGCAGGAUCCCACCCUGCUGGCAUACAUCCUGGAGGGCAAGAGCAUCCUGAAUGGGAAGAGAGCCCAGGAGCUGCCGGCCAGCCCCGUGGAAGAGGGUACGGAGCAUCCCCCGGGCACCAGUGCCGGCUCCCCCUCAGCCGAGCCUUCCCCGCCACGGAGGGACAGCAACCUCAUCACAUCCUUGGUGGGGCUCUGCAAGAGCAAGAAGAGCAGGGUCGCGCUGAAGGCUGGGGAAAACCUGCUCUUGCUCGUCGGGCUCGCCCAGGAGGCGGCUGCUGCCUGCCUGGUGCGGAGCAGCGCCCUGUGCCAGCUGCUGACGGAGCAUCUCUGUGACCUCUACAGCGCCGUCCCCGCCUGCACCGACCCUGCCGACGUCCUCGCCCUGGAGAGGGCCAGCUGGAGGUCGCAGGGUGAUGCUGCCGGCGACGGGGUUUUCCCAGGGAAGGAGAGCCUGGCUGCCUUCUUCGGCUGGCUGGACUACCUCGAUGAGCUGGUGACGGGCGCCCACCCGGUCGUGGCAGAUGCCAUCACCGAGGCCGUGGAGGAAAAGUUUUUCCAGGGCAUCCUGCAGCCACAGCUCCUGGAGAUGUCCGAGCUCACCAUCCUCGGUGCCACGGCCAUGCUGACAGGCACGGUGCGGCAGAUCCGCGCGCCUCCCCUGCUCCACCGCCUCGUGCUCUUCCUGCUGGGGCCAGACCGGCACCCCGAGAUCCCGGGGGAUGCCCCCCACCCUCUGCGCACCCAGCUCAUCGACCGCUGCAAACACACCGUGCCGCAGAUCAGCCUGGCCAGCCUGCGGCUCUUCGAGGAGCUCCUGCGGUAACCCCACGAGCACGUGGCACACAGCCUGGCGCUGAGGAACCUGGAGGCGAGGGGCUACCUGCAGCGCGGCCCCGCCAUGCCCGACGAGCGCGGACUCCCCGAGCUGGACCCCGAUGAGGACGGACUGGACCUGGAGGAGGAUCCCUAUUUCACCGACGGAUUCCCGGAUGCUGGCUUUGGGAUGACUCCCCAUCCCUCUCCCCUCUCUUCCAGCUUCCUCUGCCUGGUCCCGGAGGAGGCGAAGACCUCCUCGUGCAUGGAGGAAGGUGGCUACGACACCUACGUGCACGAUGCCCUGGGCUUGGUCCAGGCGUGCCGUGCCAGCGCGGCCCCGUGUGGGUGGCCCCCGGCCCCCCGGCCCCUCGACGCCUGCCACCCCGAAGCGACAUUUUACGAGGGCCACUUCCUCAAGGUGCUGUUUGACCGGAUGACUCGGAUCCUGGACCAGGUACGGGGGCGGAUGGACCACGCGAUGCUCUUCAAGGGGGUGGUGGUGCUGGAGGAGUUCUGCAAGGAGCUGGCUGCCAUCGCCCUGGUCAAGGGACCGCCGGAGGGGCCCCCCUGA